CAAAAGUCAUUGAUAUCUAUCUCGAAUUUCUUCUCAAGUUUUCAACGUCUCUUCAAAUGAGUAAAGUUUGCAAAAAUACUCCAAUUUCACUUUCUGGGAAAGACAAUCUCGUCGCCUAACUCUUAUCAAAUUUACGUCUGCCUCACCCGCCUUCGAUGGUCUUCAUUCUCACUUAGCAGCCCCCUGAACUUCUCAACUCAAAUCAUUUCAACCAACAAUCCUAAGCACCUGCUUGGAUAAGACACUCCGGUUGUUCCCUCAUUCUAUAUCCAUGGUCUUUCGUCCCACCCUCGAACUCAUACGCAGAACCAGAGUCUCCAACAUCAACAGCAUCUCCAGAUACACCACAUCUCAAAUGUCAACCCACUACCAAGCCCUAAUCCUCGGCUCCGGCCAAGCAGGCACCCCCCUCGCCUCCGCUUUCGCAAAAGCAGGCCACAAAACCGCCCUAAUAGAACGUGCCCACAUCGCCGGCUGCUGCGUGAACGAAGGCUGCACCCCAACCAAAACCUUAAUCGCAUCAGGACACGUCGCUUACCUCGCUAAGCGGGGACCUGAUUAUGGCGUUCUGGUAAAUAGAGAUGAGGUUAAGGUUGAUAUGAAGAAGAUUAGACAGAGGAAGAGGGAUAUUGUGGAUAGUUUUCGGGGAGGGAGUGAGAGGAGGUUGAAAGAGGCGGGGGUGGAUGUUUUGAUGGGGGAGGGUGCUUUUGUUGAUGAGAGGACGGUGAAGGUUAGGUUUGAGGGCGGGGAGGAGAAAGUUGUUACUGCGGAUAGGAUAUUCGUUAAUACGGGAGAGAGACCUGCUCCUGCUAAGCUUGAGGGAGUAGAGAAGCUGGAUCCGAAGAUUGUGCUCGAUUCAACGAGUAUCCAGGAAUUGGAUGAGGUGCCGGAGCAUUUGGUUGUGAUUGGGGGCGGGUAUGUGGGUGUGGAGUUUGCGCAGUUGAUGAGGAGGUUGGGGGCGAGGGUUUCGGUGUUGCAGAGGGGGAAGCAGUUACUGCCGAGAGAGGAUCCGGAGAUUGCGAAGUGUUUGUUUGAUAUACUGAAGGAAGAUGGGUUGGAUAUUUUGUUGGAGAGUCAAGCGGUGGGGAUUGAGCCUCAUGGUAAGGGGUUCAAGUUGAAGUAUCAAGAAGGGAAAGGUGGGCCAGAAAAGGAAUUGAUUGGGUCUCAUAUCUUAUUCGCUGCUGGACGUAUCCCAAACACUGAAGCUCUUGAUCUUUCGGCUGCGGGGAUUAAAACAAACUCCAAGGGUUACAUAGCCACAAACCCCUUCCUCGAAACCUCAACCCCAAACAUCUACGCCCUAGGAGACGUCAAAGGCCCACCAGCCUUCACCCACAUCUCCUACGACGAUUUCCGCAUCCUCUCCCACAACCUCCUCCCCUCCUCCUCCUCUUCCCCCACCCCCAAAUCCAGCACAACCAACCGCCUCGUCCCCUACGUCGUCUACACCGACCCUCAACUCGCCCACAUCGGCCUCCACGAACACGAAAUCCCCGAUCGCAAAACCAUCCAAGUAGCAAAGAUGCCAAUGUCCUACGUCGCGAGGGCCCUGGAGACGGACGAGAGCAGGGGCAUGAUGAAGGCGGUGGUGAAUCGGGAGACGGGGUUGAUUUUGGGCUUUACGUGUCUAGGGAUGGAGGGCGGGGAGCUUAUGGCUGUGGUGCAGAUGGCAAUGAUGGGAGGGGUAAGGUGGGAGGUGUUGCAGAGGGCGGUUUGGGCGCAUCCUAGUUUGGCGGAGAGUUUGAAUAAUCUUUGGGGGUUUCUGGAAUGAGUGUGGUUUGGUAAGGGAGAAGUUUUUAUUGUUUACAUAAUGAGGUAUAAGAGUGGAUUUCUGGUCAAGGAGCAAUAAAAUGGAAGAGGUUAGUUUGCAGCACGUGG